AUGGAUUCUACAGAAAAACAGAAUAUCAAAAGUAUUGAUGAAAUUAUAGUAAAAUCUUUGAACAAUGAAGAAUUGCAAGAGUUUAACAGAAUUUAUUAUGGACGAGUAGAUCAACACCAUCUUGCCUUAAAAGAAUCUAGUAUGAAAUUGGCUGCUUCGAACCAUUUUGAAAUUUCGGGAUAUGAUUUUCCGGGGCGUUUAGAGGAAACAAGAUCUCCUAGAAAAAUUAGGAUUGGUGUUAUACAGCAUUCUAUUGCAAUUUCCACAAAUAAACCUAUAAAGCAACAAAGGGAGGCAAUAUUUAAUAAAGUUUCAAAGUUAAUAGAUGCAGCUGGUGAAGAACGUGUGAAUGUUUUAUGUUUACAGGAAGCUUGGAGCAUGCCAUUCGCGUUUUGUACCCGUGAAAAGACUCCUUGGUGUGAAUUUGCUGAAAAUAUUACAGAUGGUCUUAGCACACAAUUUCUCAAACCUUUUGCCAUUAAGUAUAAGAUGGUUAUUAUAUCACCCAUUCUGGAAAGAGAUGAGUUGCGAGGAGAUCUUAUUUGGAAUACUGCUGUAGUUAUAAAUGAAAAGGGAAUAGUAAUGGGUAGCCAUAGAAAAAAUCAUAUCCCUAGAGUUGGUGAUUUUAAUGAAUCAACAUAUUAUUUUGAAGGCAACACUGGCCAUCCUGUCUUUGAUACAAAAUAUGGAAGAAUUGCUAUUAAUAUUUGUUAUGGAAGGCACCAUCCCUUAAACUGGUUAAUGUUUGGACUUAAUGGUGCUGAAGUAGUCUUUAAUCCAUCUGCUACUGUUUCGGGUUUAAGUGAACAUCUUUGGGCAAUUGAAGCAAGAAAUGCUGCUAUAGCCAACAGUUAUUUUACAUGUGCUGUAAACAGAGUUGGAACAGAAGUUUUUCCAAAUGAAUUUACAUCUGGAGAUGGAAAACAAGCUCAUAAUGAUUUUGGGCAUUUUUAUGGUUCUAGCUAUGUCACAGCACCUGAUGGUACUAGAACUCCAAGCUUGUCAAGAACCAUGGAUGGUCUAUUAAUUUCACAGAUUGACUUGAACAUGUGUCGGCAAAUAAAAGACAAAUGGGGAUUCGCUAUGACACAGCGAUUAGACAUGUAUGCUAGAAGUUUGUCUAAUUAUGUUGAUGGCAAAGAACUACAAUUAGUUAAGGAUAAAUAA